CUCACUUCUUUCGAGUUUCUUCUCUCUCUCUCUCUCUUUCUCUUUCUUUCCAGAGAAACGAAUCUCGAAAGCCAAACAGGUGGAGGAUAUAUACGCAUGCUAUACUAUACCUGAACUGAAGUUGCAUUGUAGCGACAGUUUUGGCAGGGCCCGGACUUAACAGUUGCGCCGGUGGAGAAAAUGACGGUUUUCUCUGGCAAGCAGGUGGUUCCGGUGGACUGCGAGGCCGAGGUCUCUCAGAGACUUCUAGAAGCUUGCCUUUCCGGCGAUCUUACAUCGGCAAUGGAGUGCGUUGCGGAUCCGUUCCUCGACGUGAACUUUGUUGGUGCUGUUUGCUUGAAAACCAGGAAGAGCGAGGUGGUUCUACGGGACGAAUCGGCGAGUGUAGUCCGAGUUGAGUAUGAAGAGUUCAAAACAGACGUUACUGCUUUGUUUCUCGCCGUUCACGGUGGAAAUGUGGCUCUCGUGAAGAAGUUGCUGAGCAUUGGAGCUGAUGUGAAUCAUAAGCUUUUUAGGGGCUUUGCAACAACAGCAGCAGUUAGGGAGGGCCAACUAGAGAUUUUGGAGAUCUUACUGAAAGCUGGGGCAUCUCGGCCAGCUUGUGAGGAAGCUCUAUUGGAGGCAAGUUGUCAUGGGAGAGCAAGGCUGGUUGAACUUCUCAUGGGCUCUGAUCUGAUUCGACCCCAUGUUGCUGUGCACACUCUUGUAACAGCAUGCUGCAGAGGUUUUAAGGAUGUGGUGGACACUCUGGUGAAGUGUGGAGUUGACACAAACGCUACUGACAGGCCAUUGCUUCAAUCCACUAAGCCAUCUCUGCAUGCAAAUGUUGAUUGUACUGCACUUGUUGCAGCUAUUGUCAGUAGACAAGUUUCGGUUGUCCGUAUGCUGCUGCAGGCUGGUGCUAGGACAGAUGUUGAAGUUAGACUGGGGGCAUGGUCAUGGGAUACAACUACGGGUGAAGAGUUCCGAGUGGGUGCUGGACUGGCUGAGCCUUAUGCCAUUACCUGGUGUGCAGUGGAGUAUUUUGAAGGAAGUGGGGGUAUAUUGUGCAUGCUCCUCCAGCAACAAUCAACGAAUGCACCUCACUAUGGAAGAACCCUUCUCCACCAUGCCAUUCUUUGCGGCAAUAUGGAGGCUGUCAAUGUGCUAUUGGGUUGUGGUGCCAAUGUAGAGUCUCCUGUUAAAACAUCCAGCAAGGUUGAAUUCCGUCCUAUUCACAUGGCUGCCCGGCUUGGCUCAUCUACGAUCCUUUGUUCCCUGCUUGAUUCAAGUUGUGAUGUUGAUUCUAGAACUAGUUCUGGUGAAACAGCUUUGAUUGUUUGUGCAAAAUACAAACAUGAAGAGUGUCUAAGAGUUUUGGCAAUGGCUGGGGCUGAUUUUGGCUUGGUCAAUUUAGCUGGUCAGUGUGCAAGUUCAGUUGCCAGGGCAAACAAGUGGUCUCUUGGUUUUCAACGUGCAGUUCUUGAUACAAUUAAGGCGGGAAGAAUUCCCAAAUCCAGCAAUGCUUCUGUUUUCUCAACUCUAAUGUUUGUUGCUCAAGCUGGUGAUGUUGAGGCUUUGAGAGUUCUCAUAAAAUCGGGAGAACUUAAUCUUGAUUAUCAGGAUGAUAGUGGCUUCUCACCAGUCAUGAUUACUGCCUUGAAGGGUCAUGUCGAAGCCUUCCGAUUACUGUUGUAUGCAGGGGCCGAUGUCAAGCUACAUAACAAAUCAGGUGAAACUGCUCUUCAUCUCUCUGAACGAAACCAAAAUCGUGAUCUGUUUGAGAAGGUUUUGCUUGAAUAUGCCCUCGAAAAGGGGAAUCGCAUUGCUGGAGGGUUCUAUGCAUUGCACUGUGCAGCACGUCGUGGUGACUUGGAUGCAGUCAAGUUGUUGACAAGCAGAGGUUAUGAUGUUAAUGUUCCUGAUGGGGAUAGCUACACUCCGCUCAUGUUAGCAGCAAAGGAAGGCUAUAGGUCUAUGUGUGAACUCUUGAUCUCGUGUGGGGCUUGUUGCGACUUCAAGAAUGCCCGAGGCGAAACUGCCCUCUCACUUGCUAGGAGCCGCUUUGGAAAAGGUGAUGUAGAAUGCGUGAUACUAGAUGAGAUUGCACGCAAGUUGGUUUUGGGUGGUGCUCAUAUUGAGAAGCACACCAAAGGAGGAAAGGGAAGUUCGCAUGUGAAGGAAAUCAAAAUGAUUGGAGGUGCUGGGGUGCUUCGAUGGGGCAAGUCAAGUCGGAGGAACGUGAUUUGCUCUGAGGCAGAGUUGGGACCAAGCCCAUCCUCGAAAAACAGGCUUGGCAAGGGUGACACUGAUGAACCUGGCAUAUUCCGAGUCUUGACUACAAAGAACAAGGAGGUGCAUUUUGUCUGUAGAGGUGGGUUUGAAGUAGCUGAACUGUGGGUUAGGGGAAUUAAACUUGUCACAAGGGAUGCUAUUUGUGGUAAGAUCAAAUAGAGCGAGACAUGAACUCGCAAGGUCAUGUUUUAGUAUGUAUAUAGUUGGGAGUACUUCGUCUCGAAGUAUUUUGAUCAGCUUAGUGUCACUGUAAAGGUUUUGAUCACCAAUAGCGGUAGAUGCGCCAUAUGUAGUUACAGAGGCACUCGCCGAUCCUUGUUCCAUUUUCAGUUUUGAUUUCUCUUG